AUGGAUCAAGCAAAGCUCGCUAGGCUUCAGGCGUCUGUUAGAAUCGGUAUGCUUCUUUCUCUUGCUUAUGCCAUUGUCAAGAAGGUCCACAAGAACGCCGGUACCGAUGACAAGAAACUUCAGACUUCUCUCAAGAAGUUGAAUGUUCAGCCCAUCCAGGCCAUUGAGGAAGUCAACAUGUUCAAAGAGGACGGAAAUGUUAUCCACUUUGCUGCACCAAAAGUGCACGCCUCGGUUCCGGCUAACACUUUCGCCAUCUACGGCAAUGGUGAAGAUAAGGAACUCACCGAGCUCGUUCCUGGCAUCCUUAACCAGCUUGGUCCCGACUCUCUUGCAUCUUUGAGGAAAUUGGCCGAGAGCUACCAGUCGCUCCAGAAGAAGGAGGGUGAGGAGGGCGAAAAGAAGGAAGGUGAUUCCGACGACGACGACGACGACGACAACGACAUUCCCGAGCUCGUUGAAGGGAAGAACUUUGAUAAGGAUGAUAAGGAGGAGGAGAAGGAGGAGGAGAAGGACGAGGGGGGCGCUGAAGAUGCUAAACCUGAGACUGAGUAGUUCGUGCAGUGUCAUCCUUUAAACUUUGUUUGGUAUAACUGGUUCUUUCCUUUUUCGCCCUGGGGUUAUCAAAUAACAAAGGAAAAAAAACAAUUCUCUUCUUCUAUGAGCUUCAA